UUUGUUCAGAUUCGACUUUGUAUCAGACUUGGAUUCUCUUCCUUUUUUUCAUGCUCUUCUUCUUCUUCUUCUUCUUCUCUCUUUGUGGGUUUCUCUUGGAUUAAUUCAAAACAUCGAAGAAAUACAAAAAUGGUUAAUUCAUGUGAGAACAACAGAGUCAUUGAAUCUACUACAACGACGAUUCUUCAAGAUGAAACGACAAGUAGAAAAUUCGGACAAGAGAUGAAGAGAGAGAAGAGAAGAGUCUUGGGUGUGAUUAACCAUAAUCAUCUUGUUGGUGGUGCAAGUUUUGUCAACAAGAGAGGAACCUUAGUAUCGAAUAAGCAACAAGAAGAAGGAUGUCAAAAGAAGAAGAUUAAUUCUCUGCGUCCCUCAGUUACAAGAUCUGGAGUUGCAGAGGAGGCGAAGAAGAGGCUGAAGCCAUCAGUUCCAAGUUCAAGUGAUUUUGGUGACUGUAUAUUUGUUGAUGAAGAGGAAGAAGCUACAUUGGACCAUCCAAUGCCAAUGUCGCUUGAGAAGCCAUAUACAAGCAUCACUGAAGCUGAUCCACUGGAGGAAAUUGAGAUGGAGGAUGUAACAGUGGAAGAACCGAUCUUUGAUAUCGAUGUCUCAGAUGCCAAGAACUCACUUGCAGCUGUUGAAUAUGUUCAAGAUCUUUAUGCCUUCUACCGGAAAAUGGAGAGCUUUAGCUGUGUUCCAGUAGAUUAUAUGAUGCACCAAAUCGAUUUAAAUGACAAGAUGAGAGCAAUACUAAUAGACUGGUUAAUCGAGGUACAUGACAAGUUUGAUCUGAUGAACGAGACACUGUUUCUCACAGUGAAUCUGAUAGAUAGAUUCUUGUCCAAGCAAGCUGUUAUGAGAAAGAAGCUUCAGCUUGUUGGAUUAGUGGCUUUGCUUUUAGCUUGCAAGUACGAAGAGGUUUCUGUUCCUGUUGUCGAUGAUUUAGUACUCAUUUCAGACAAAGCUUACACAAGAGAAGACGUUCUUGACAUGGAGAAGACAAUGUUGACUACUUUCCAAUUCAAUAUUUCGUUGCCGACACAGUACCCUUUCUUGAAAAGAUUCUUAAAGGCAGCUCAAGCAGACAAGAAGUGUGAGGUCUUGGCAUCGUUCUUGAUUGAGCUUGCCCUUGUAGACUACGAGAUGCUUCAGUUUCCACCAUCAUUACUAGCUGCCACAUCUGUGUACACUGCUCAAUGUACACUUGAUGGUUUCAGGCAAUGGAACAGUACAUGUGAAUUCUACUGUCAUUACUCUGAGGAUCAGCUCAUGGAAUGUUCACGGAAACUGGUGAGUCUUCAUCAGAGGGCGGCGUCGGGAAGCUUGACAGGAGUAUAUAGGAAGUACUGCACAUCCAAAUUUGGGUACAUAGCAAAAUGUGAAGCUGCACACUUUCUAGUACUAUCUUAGUCUUAUCAUUUUUAAGCCAAAAGGCCAAUUAAGUAGUUUGUACAGCAUGUUGCAUAGCUUCUUAUUCACCUUGUAACAAUCUGUUCACUUCACUUCCGGAUUAAACUCUAUAAUGAAUGAUAAAAUGAUUGAAUCAUUAUUUUAA